AUGCUCGUAUUCCUCCACCAGCAAGAGACCGAUGACCUCCUUGAUUCUACCAUCAACAUUCCUGUUCUCCACUCCCUUGGAAGGAUUGCUGCCCCCAAUAAUCCCGGCCGCGCAUUGUUACUAGAUGUUAAGUUUGGCGACGAGUCUAUGGUAUCAGAUCUGUUGCAGGUGGUCCUAUCGAGUCGGUACUUACAUACCCGAUUGCCCCCAAGGAUGCGCGACGAAUUUGAUUUGGCUCAGCUUUUUGAUAUGCGAGAUGAGGAUUUCAAGCAGGCGGUCCGUACCACCAAGGCCGGCUUUACAUGGCUUUUAAGCCAAGUGAAUUUAAACCCUAUAUUUCAUAGCAACAGCUUUCGCCCGCAACUGCCAAUCCCUCACCAACUAGCACCCACUCUCAAAAGGCUUGGUUCAAACGGUAAUGGGGCCUCUGUGGGGCAAUUCUCAAGGAAUUUGGGUGUGGGCCGCGGUACUGUGGUCAAGGCCAGUCGCCGUGUCAUCCGCGCGAUUAACAAUCUUUCGGAGAAGUACCUUACCUGGCCAGACAAGGUGCGACGAAAGGAGAUAUCUGAUGUGAUGAAGUGUGAAGGUUUCAAAGGAUGUGUUGGUUUUGUCGACGGAACAACUAUACCUCUUUAUCAGCGCCCCUCAAUUGAUGGUGAAGUCUUCUUUGAUCGAAAGAAGCGCUACUUAGAGAUGGUCGAAGGGUAUCCGUUGCGGAUACCCGUUAUCCGCUGGCAGAUACCCGCCAACGGGUGCGGAUGGCCCCUUUUCCACAAAACGUUGGCGGGUAUCCGGGUAUCCCAAAGGAUACCUGCGGCCGGAAGGGGAGAUGGCCGGCUGGAAGGACACCCUUCUGGUCGACGAGGUACAAGUACCUCGUUGACUGGAAGGAAGCCCUUCCGGUCGACGAGGUACAAGUACCUUGUCAACUGGAAGGAGACCCUUCCAGCCAUCAAGGUACAAGUACCUUGCCAGCUGGAAGGAGACCCUUCCAGCCGGCCUUUUAGAGGGCGGGUAUCCAAGGAUACCCGCUCGGAUACCCGCUGCGGCCGACGGAUACCCGCCAGCGGGUGCGGAUGCUCAGAUGGCCGGAAAAAGCAGCCGGAUAUCUGCAUCUGCGUGGAUAUCCGGAUGCCAAUCGACCAUCUCUAG